AUGGAAAAGAAACGCACCCGCGUUCAACUCUCCUGCACUGCCUGCCGAGCCCGCAAGCUAAAAUGCUGUCGUACCCACCCCUGCACAAACUGCCUGAAGCGCAACGAAGCCGGCACCUGCACCUUCGUCGGGCGCGGUCCGCGCGGCAAGAUUUCGAGUAAUGGACGAACCAGCCCGGCGCACGUUCAGGAUCGAUUACAACACUUGGAGAAUUUGAUUUUGUCGUUUACGCAGCAGCAGCAACAGCAACAGCAACAGCAGGAGAAGCCGGAUAGUGUGGGCGAACACCAACAGGUUAUUAAUAAUGGUGGUCAGAUCACGCCGGCAUCGUCGGUGCCACCAUCAUUAUCAUUUGGGGAGGUGCAGCAGGCACAGAAGGAGGGGGAAUCGGAAACCCCGCCUCCUGAUCCCGGGAGGUUGGUCGUUGGGGAGACAGGAAUGAGGUAUAUUGAUGGAGCGCAUUGGACUGCGAUCCUCGAGGAGGAAAUGACUAUGGACGAGUUGUUGGACGGAUUGCCGGCUCGGCCGGUCGUGGAUCGGGUCGUGGCUAUGUUUGUCAGCCUGAAUGAGCCGACGACAGUGAUGGUGCACUUUCCUACUUUCCAGAAACAGUAUAAUCAAUUCUGGUCAAGACCAAAGGGGGCUUCCAUUUCUUGGCUGGCACUGCUGUACGCGGCUCUCACUAUCACAAUGUCCGUGUAUAUGCGCACCGGGGAGCCGCUACCGGCAGAAUUUGGGGAAGCAACUGAGGCUGUUCAGCGCCUCAGGCACUUGACGGCGCAGUGUCUAGUUCAGUCAAACUACACCGUUCCCGGCCGUUUCAAAGUGGAAGCUCUGUUUUUCUACACAAUGUGCGAGUUCUUUCGCAGCGAGGAUGCCCAGGUCGGAGUAUCGUUCCUGCUAAACAUGACAAUUCGGCUGGCCAUGCGGUCAGGGUACCACCGGGAUCCGCAACAGUUUCCGAAUAUCUCACCAUUCGAAGGCGAGAUGAGGCGGCGGGUCUGGGCUAUCAUGCGCCAACUGGAUGUCCUGAUCUCGUUUCAGGUUGGGGUCCCGCGGGGUAUACAGGACUGGCAGCAGGACGUGGAGCCCCCGCGUAACAUCUCUGAUGAGGAAUUCGGGGAGUCUACCGUUGAGCUGCCGCCAUCUCGACCCGAGACUGAACUCACUACAACUUCAUAUAUCCGCGGAAAAUCGCGACUUAUGGCUAUCUUUGGGAAGAUCUCCGAUUUAGCGUACUCGCGCGAUCCCAUGACAUAUGAUGAAAUACUGGCCCUGGACCGACAACUGGAAGAAGCUCGAGAUCUUGUGCCCCAUGCAUUCAAGAUACGCCCUCUUGACCAGUGCUUUGUGGAUUCUUCAUACCUGAUCCUGAGACGAUACACACUGGAACUGCUGUACCAGAAGGCCCGCUGCGUGCUGCACCGGCGCUACCUGGGCGAGGUGCAUACCAACCCCCGCUAUGCGUAUUCGCGUUGGGUAUGCAUGAGCGCUUCCAAGGAGAUUCUCCGCCACCAGGCGGAUAUCUACCACGAGACUCAGCCGGGUGGGCUUCUUUAUCGAGACCGACAAUUCCCGAACUCGCUACAGACUGCAGAUUACUUGCUUGCCGCGAUGAUCAUCUGUUUGGAUCUGUCGCAGAACCCUACCGGCACACCGCCAGGAAGCACUGACGAAGAUGUUAUCCGGGGCCGGGAGGAACUGCUAUCGACCAUUGAAACGUCGCAUCGGAUCUUCGAGCAGCAGCGUAGACGGUCGGCAGAUGCACAAAAGGCAUACGCUGCACUAACAAUCAUGCUGCGGCGGUUGAAAGCCCAGAAAUUGGACAGCGAACAACUGGCUUCCGCACAACAACAACCAUAUGGAAGCUCCAAUGGACAGUCAUACCCAGUGGUAGAUCCAAUGGGUAUUACCCCAGAGUAUCAAUCACUCGACGUGAUCGGAGAGAUGCUCGAUGCGCCAACCAAUCUCGACUGGAAUCUCUGGGACCAGCAUAUGCAAAGUGUCGCCGACAUGGGGGUAGGGUUAUGGGGGGAUAAUGUACCAGGAAGUGUAAACAUAUAG